AUGAGCAUGGAAAAUGACUUGAAGGAAGAACUAAAUAGAAGAAUGAGAGAAGCAUGGGCAACAUUCGCACCCGUCAGGAAAGCUACGGACCAAGAUCUUUGUGCCCACCUGUUUGACUCGACAAUUCUUCCAGCGCUCUGUUACGCAGCGGAGACGUGGGCAGAAACCGCUGCCACGUCUAGGAAGCUGGUUACUACCCACAGAGCCCUUGAAAGAUGCCUUCUGAAGUUUAACCGGCGCACACAACACCUAGCCGGUCUUCGCAGCUCCGACUUAAGAGGAAUGUCCCGUCUUCGCGACCCAGUGGAAUAUGUAUCGAAAGCAAAACAUAGAUGGGCCAGUCACAUCAUGAGAAGAAUCGACGAUAGGUGGACUAAAAGAACGCUAGAGUGGAUCUCAAGAGAUGCUAAACGCACUCGAGGGAGACCGCCAACGAGAUGGGGUGAUGUGUUCGCUACACGGAUAGACCAGCUGAGAGCUCCGCUGGAUACGGCUCAAGGACCUCAUCAACGUCACACACGAAACUUGAGAACAUCUUGGAUGACAAUGACGAGGGAACGAAACGAGUGGAAGAGAUGCUGGGGCCCGCACGUCCAGUGA